GCAGCCGCGUCCAUUAAAAUCUGAUUGCAUAUCGUCUUUUGUUCACUUCGACCACAACGACGGCACCAACGACAAUCAAUCUCGAUAUCACGCAAAAUGACUAUCAAUGUCAUUCUCGGGGCCCAAUGGGGUGACGAAGGCAAGGGAAAGCUGGUUGAUAUCCAGGCCCGGGAGGCGCAACUCUGUUGCCGAGCUGCUGGCGGAUCCAACGCAGGUCACUUGAUCAAGGUGGAUGGAGUCUCCUACAGCUUCCACCUCUUGCCCUCCGGCCUCAUGAAUCCGCGGUGCAUGAACUUCAUCGGCUCCGGUGUGGUCUUUCACAUCCCAACCUUCUUCAGCGAGCUCAAGGAGCUUGAAGAGAAGGGCCUGACCGCGGUGCAUGAUCGAAUCCUUGUUUCUGACAGGGUCAAUGUCCUCUUGGACAUGCACAUGGCAGUCGAUGGUCUCGAGGAGCAGGAGCUCGGAGACGCAGCCAUCGGAACAACAAGACGCGGCAUUGGUCCAUGCUACCAAACAAGCAGGGCGCGUAACGGCAUCAAACUAACUGACAUCUUCCAUCCUGAACUUUUCGAGAAGAAGGUACAGCGCCUCGCUGAUGGUUACCAAAAGCGCUUUGGAGAUCUAUUCAAGUACGACAUCAAAGCCGAGCUUGCUCGUUUUGAAGAAUACAGGGAGACGAUGAGGAAAUACGUCGUGGACGGCGUGGCCUUCAUGACAUCCGCGCAACAGAGCGACACCAAGAUUGUGGUCGAAGGCGCAAACGCACUCAUGCUCGACGUCGAUUAUGGCUCGUACCCAUUCGUUACUUCGUCAAGUACCACGCUUGCUGGCAUCAUUGGUGGACUUACCCUGAACCCGAAGAACAUUACAGAGACGGUCGGAGUCGUCAAGGCUUACACUACCCGUGUCGGUUGGGGCGCCUUCAAGACUGAAGAUACGGAAGAGUAUGGUUGGCAACAAGCUUCAGGAGAUUGGACGCGAAUGGAUCUUGUUGUUGUCAAGUACAGCAACUCCAUCAACUACUACACCAGCCUGAACCUGACAAAGCUCGACGUUUUGGACACUUUCGAGACGAUCAAGAUCGCGAUCGCUUACAAGGUCGACGGACAGGAAUUGGACUCUUACCCUGCGGAUCUUGAGAUCUUGGAACGAGCCGAGGUGGUUUACCAUGAGAUGCCGGGGUGGCAGACACCGACUACCAACGCGAAGACCUACGUCGAUCUGCCCAAGAAGGCUCGCGACUACGUCGAGUACAUCGAGAAGUUUGUGGGCGUCGAGAUCAAGUACAUUGGCACUGGUCCCGAGCGUGAGGCCAUGAUCCGGCGCUCCUGAUUGCGUCGAACGAAUCAUGUACCCGAGCCUCGGCUUGGAUCGUGCGCAAGGAGCGUUGGGCACCCAAGUCAUUGCAUGACUCCCAAAGAGAGUGGAUAUCUACCUUGACGACCACCUUGGUGCCGACUGCUCGCGAACGGUCCUACCGUGCCCCUUUGCCGUGGUAGUUGCGAUGCGUCCUGUACGCAAAUACUCAUUCUAUUGCGGU